UUAUAUCUCAUUGCAUACUACUUCUGUGCGUUUACUCUCUCGACCUUGCCGACUGAGGUGUGUUAUGGACGAAAGGAUGUAGAACGUCUCUUAAAUUUGUAAGGUACCUGGUACAGUCAUGAACAUCAGGGAGAAGAUUGGUAUCCUUGGGCUGCGUCCUGCCAGUGCUGGGCCGCAGGUCCAUGGGGGACAGGAUUCUCCCUCCGCUGGUACAUCUGGCACCAAGGCGGAGCGCCAGGCCGCGGCGCUCCAGCUCUGGAACAAAUGGGCCAACGAGGCGUUGGGGCCCAUGAGCGCUGACCCCACACCCGAGGAGCUAACGCGCAAGAGCCGCAGGGUGCAGCGCCUGGAGAACGAGUGCGCCGCCAUGGCUGCCCGUGCGCAGCGUCGACUAGAGAUGAGCGCUGCACUUCGAUCGCAGCCCAUCUUUGUGGGCAGUAGCAGUGCUGGCAACGCAACCGCGCGGUCUGACGGCGGCGGCGUCGCUGGGAUGCUGCGCACUGGGGCAUUCAGCCGAGAGGCGCAGUACGCGGUGCGCGAGCGCCGCAAAGCUGCAGCGUACGCGGCAGCGCGGGCGGAGGGCGAGGCAGAAGCAGAAGCCCUGGCGGCAGCGUUGGCGCCGGCGGCUGCGGCAGUCACCUCUUUCAAGUCUCGGAACAUGCUGGAUUCCCUCAUCACCACCCGAGCCAUAUCCGCUGGAGGCGGCGUACCUGUUGGCGGAGUUGCCAAGCCUACAGGGCACCGGGCGAGGCCGCAGUCCGCCAUGCCGCUGCAUGGCGCCGCCAGCGCCGCAGGCGCCAGCGGACGGUCGCGCCCUCGGUCCGCCGUCCCAAACCUCAUCCUAAGUCGCCAGCCCUCCCUCGCCACGUCGUCAACCGGCGCCACAGGCGGCCCCUCCCGCACCAGCAGCUUGGCCUUACGCGCCGGCGGCUCACCCACCUCCCCUGCCGCCGCUGGCAUGGUGGCCGUACCCGAGGGCGAGUACUUUGCCCUCCGGCAGGAGAUUGAAACCAUCUCUGAGCGGCUGGCUGCCACCCAGGCUGCUUUGGAGGUGCAGACGGAUACGGAGGCGCAGCUGCGGGAGGCGCUGGACUUGCUGCGCGCGCGGCUGCACAGCAGCGGUUUGCGGGAGGUGGAGGCGCAGCGGCGGCUGGCGCAGCACUCCAAGCUGGAGCCGCUGUUUGAUCGGCUGGCGGAGACGUUCACCUUUAGCAGCCCCGAGGAGGUGGCGGCGCGGCUGGAGUUCCUGGAGGACGACAAGCUGGGCACGUUUGACCAGCUGCUGAGGACGCAAGAGGAGGUCACACGGCUGCAGCAGCGGCUUAUGGAGGCGCAGAAGGCGGGGGAGACGGUGGCGACGCGGCUGACGACGGAACACCUGCAGGGCAGUGCGCGCCUGCAGCAGCAGAACGAGCAGCUACGGCAGGAGCUGGAGGCCUUGGAGAACCAGGUUCACCGCUUGACGGCGCGCCAGGCGCAGCUUGUGGCACUUCAGACGGCCGUGUUGCAGCUGUGGGGCAAACUCACAGAGGACCCUGACUUCGCAGACGCCUUUGGGGAUGGGCCAAGGUCGCCCCGCAGCCAUGGCAGCCCACGACGUCGCACCCUUGUCAGCAGCAGCGGCGGUGGCGGCGCCUCACCACACAGCCAUGCAGGCGGCGGCGAGGAGGGUGGUGGUGCGGCUGGGGGAGGCGGCGGCAGCGGGGGCAUUGCCCUGUCGGACCCGUUGUCCAUGCUACACAUGAUUGAGGAGUUUGUGACGGCGAAGAGCGAGAAGCUGGCCAUCCGGCAUUUCACGGACAUCCAACGCGUUGCGAAUCACGUGUGGCAGCAGCACUUCCGCAACCGCGCCGACAUCCGCGGCCGCGUGGUGCCCACCUUUGAGCAGCUCAGCACCAUGGCAGACCGCAUGGCAGACCGCGUGCGUUCCGUACAAGAGCAGGCCGGUCGCAGCCAGGAAGCCGAGAAGAACCUCAUGCGCGAGGUGAAGCGCCUGCAACAGCAGAAGCGCGUGUUGGAAGGCGAGUUGGCGCGGCGAGACGAGCAGCUCAAAAGCAUCAUGGGCGUGCCUCGCAAGGAGCGACCAGCCACAGCAAACGCGGCGCUCAAUCGCAUCCUUCGCAGUGAGGCGGUGGCGGCAGGCCCUUCGGCAACUACUAGCGCUGGCGGUGCAGGGGGUGCUGGUGUGGCACGUGCGUUGUCCCGUGCCACGUCUAUUGUGUCCACAACUGGGUCGUUUGCCGCCUCAUCUGGGGGCGCGGGGCCGGGUGGUGGCGGCAGCGGCGGCCGUGGCGGCCGCAGCGUCAACGGGGAUGCGGACUCGGCUUCCGUUAGCAGCUCAGCAGCGGGAGGCGCAUUGCAGCACCGCUCCUCGCAACAGCACCAGUCGCCGCCGCCGCAGCAGCAGCAACAGCAGCAGCAGCAUAGGCCACGAGCCGCAUCCAUGCCUGCUGCAAACGGUGGUGCUACGGGCUCCAUAACCUCCUCCUCGCCCUCGCGGACCGCACGCAACAGUGCAGCGUCGGCGGCGACGGCGACGAGUUGUGGCACGCUGGCCCCCAUCCUCAGCCCUGCGGUUGCGUUGCAGGUACCGCAGAUGACGUCAGACCUGCCGUACGGAGCCCACUGGCGGCAGUACGUCGCAAGCACGUCGGCGGGAUCCGUACAACGUGCGGCACCGCAGCGUCUGCCGGCGGGUUCGCUGUUCUACAACAGCAGUCGAGGCGGGGCUGCGGAGGCAGCGGGCGGGUCAUCAGGAGGUGCUGCAGUGCCGGAGGUGCCGGCAGUGGUGGAGGAGCCGCCCCCGCCGUCUGUCCGCUGGGCUGCUCCGCAGCGGAGUGCCAUUGAACAGGCAUUCCUGACUCGUUUGGAGCGGCGGACAAGGGUCACCUAGGGUAGGGCAGGAGAGAGAGAAAGAGUGCACUUCUUUCCAUAGAUGCAUUGGUAGGGGUUGCUCGCAAGGUCAUGUUGCGACAUGAGGUGCUCAGCAGGCGCUGGCGCAGGAUUGUGCUUGGGUGCAGUACGGCGCUUGAGCUCGCAGCAGAGGCAACAUACGGCAUUACUGGAAUCUUGUACCGAGUAUGCCCGUUAGGAAUCAGUUUUCCCAGUUUUUCUGAAUCAAGUAGCACAGCAGGUGGAAGUAUUGCAGCCCGAAUGCAAGCUGUGGGUGUAUAGGUACUAUGGUGGCACUGUUUGAACUGCUUGUUUGGUAGUAGCUCCCAGGUAGAGCGUACGCAGGACUGUUGUCGCCGCGGUAAGGCGACGCCCCAUGGUACUUGACGAACUGCGCUGCAAAUACGCUGGCUGGUAGAGCCCUUGCGCAGAGGGGACAUUUCAACGUGCAUGGGACGUCCUGUGCUGCUUGUUGGCGUUGAUGUGGAUUUUGAUGAGGACAGUCGGCGAGGCUGUGAUAGGGGUCUUGCCUAGGUGAGGAGUACGUACCGAGGCAAUGAUGCAAGUCUGCUCCCAAAGGAAAGGUGUGGAUAGGUGUUGGCAGGGUUGUGCCGCAUCAUGCAAUCAAGCUAGGGACUGAAAGACCAAGGCGCUUGAACAUCGCAUAGGAGUUAAGGCUCCCCAUGCCUGUCCAUGCCAUCUUAAUCCGUGC